AUGAAGGUUGGUGAGAUAUUCAGGGAAGCAGGGACAGCUUUCAACAAGCUAUCAGAGAUGACAAUGCUGCUGCACCCUGUGGGUGAUUCACAACCGGGUGGCAAAUGGACAGACGAAGAAAUUGAAAUGCUGAGGUCCUGCGUUCAUCGCUUCGCCGUCGAUCUAAACAAACUUAGCCAUCAUAUUAAAAACAGGACUGUUACGCAGAUACGGACGACUUUGAAGAAGAAGGCGUUCGAGGACGCAGGUAUACCGGUGAGGCAGGUAAGCAGCACGGUGACAAGUCACACGCAGCAAGUCCCGCAGGUGACGCUUAACAUGCUGAACGCCUCUGAGAACGAAGUAGACGUCGAGGGCCUCACUAGUGACGUCAAGCUCGAGUUCGACGGCAGCAACGACGAGGCGACUGCCUGA